AUGCCUGGGUUCUGUUCCCAGCGCCGGCUCUGUGGCUUUGGCAAGUGCGUUAACCUCUCGGGCCCGCUGUCUCUUCCUGUAACAGGAGGGACAAGAGGUUGGAAGAAGAGGAAAGUGACGGCGGUUGGCACUUGUGAGCGCAUAGUAAAAGGACCUUGUGGGCACUGCAGUCCGACUCACCCAUGCGUGUUUCCUGUAAUGGACGAACUUGAUGCGAAUGUGAGGCAGCCCUGUGAGGCUCAUGUCACUGUCAUCCCCAUUGUGCAGUGCAUGGUAACUAAGGAACAAAGUGGUACCUGCUCAAGGUCACGUAAUCACAUUGCCUCGACUAGACCACAGAUACGUUCCAUGAAUGCAGAUGACCGAGAUCAGCUGGGGAUCUCGAAUGUUAGCACAGGAAUGUCCUUAAGAGGCCAGAAGAAAGUUGAAGGCGCUCUCACGUAUCAAAAUUCCCACUGUGGUGUCCUAGAAAGUAGCCCCCAGCUUCUGCUUGAAAAUUCCAGUCUUCUUUUUAAUGGGGCCCUACCAUGUAGCAGAGCCGUGAAGGUCCAGACUUUCAUCCUGUCAUCUUCAAAUGCAGGUAGAACAAAGGUCAUCCAGCCCACGAGUGCCAACAAAUUCCAAGAAUUAAAGACCAUUGGACCAGUUUGCAUCCGCCCAGCGUAUUUUCACAAAGCAUAUGAAGCUGUCAUCAUCAGCGUGUUGGAUAUCAAGUUUGUAGACUACAAUUCCAAGGAGGGUUUUGGGUCGGUGGAGAAGGUCGUGCUGCUCACGUUUCUCUCGGCGGUUAUCCUGAUGGCCAUCCUGGGGAACCUGCUGGUGAUGGUGGCUGUGUGCAGGGACAGGCAGCUCAGGAAGAUAAAGACCAAUUAUUUCAUCGUAUCCCUCGCCUUUGCGGAUCUGCUGGUCUCGGUGCUGGUGAUGCCCUUUGGUGCCAUCGAGCUGGUUCAGGACAUCUGGAUUUAUGGGGAGAUGUUUUGCCUGGUCCGGACAUCGCUAGACGUCCUGCUCACGACGGCGUCGAUUUUUCACCUGUGCUGCAUUUCUCUGGACAGGUAUUAUGCCAUCUGCUGCCAGCCUCUGGUCUAUAGGAACAAGAUGACCCCUCUGCGCAUCGCGCUAAUGCUGGGAGGCUGCUGGGUCAUCCCCACGUUUAUCUCUUUUCUCCCUAUAAUGCAAGGCUGGAAUAAUAUUGGCAUAAUUGAUCUGGAAAGGAUAUCCAAGCCAAGGCUGGGCCAGGAUUUGCAUGUGAUAGAAAAAAGGAAGUUCAACCAGAACUCUAACUCUACGUAUUGUAUCUUCAUGGUCAACAAGCCCUAUGCCAUCACCUGCUCUGUGGUGGCCUUCUACAUCCCGUUUCUCCUCAUGGUGCUGGCCUAUUAUCGCAUCUAUGUCACAGCGAAGGAACAUGCCCACCAGAUCCAGAUGUUACAACGGGCAGGGGCCCCCUCAGAGGGCAGGCCCCAGCCGGCCGACCAGCACAGCACUCAUCGCAUGAGGACAGAGACCAAAGCUGCCAAGACCCUGUGCAUCAUCAUGGGUUGUUUCUGCCUCUGCUGGGCUCCAUUCUUUGUCACCAAUAUUGUGGAUCCAUUCAUAGACUACACUGUUCCCGGGCAGGUGUGGACCGCUUUCCUCUGGCUCGGCUACAUCAAUUCUGGGUUGAACCCCUUUCUCUACGCCUUCUUGAAUAAGUCUUUUAGACGUGCCUUCCUCAUCAUCCUCUGCUGUGAUGAUGAGCGCUACCGAAGACCCUCCAUUCUGGGCCAGGCUGUGCCCUGUUCAACCACAACCAUUAAUGGAUCCACACAUGUGCUAAGGGAUGCGGUGGAGUGUGGUGGCCAAUGGGAGAGUCACUGUCACCCUCCAGCAACUUCUUCCUUGGUGGCUGCUCAGCCCAGUGACACUUAG